AUGUUCUCGCCAUUGGCAUACCCGGACGGCGCCAUGCUGUACGAUCUUGUCACCCACCUGCCGCCACCGUCGCACCUCACCCUCUCCCCCUUCGACCUCUACCGCGAACCUCUUCUGAUCAUCGCCCUCGCCGACGGCAGAGAGCUUCGGGAGGCUGCCUUCAGCAAGAGGCAGUCGGUGGCCGGGUCGGCGACGACAAUGGCCGAAAGGAACAUCAGGGCCCUCGAGCAGGAGCUGGAGGACUUGCGUGACAACUACCCGAAAGCGCUCGUCCACCAGGUCAUCAUCUUUGAUUACACGCCACCCGAAGGCUCCGACGUUUCCAUACCCGAAGGCCUCUUCACCCUCCCCUUGGCCGAGGAUUGCAAACGGACGACUUUGAAGACGGUCAUGUGCGACAUCUCCAAGCUGCUCCUGGCCGAGAUGACGACACUCGCGAGGUCCUUCGAGGCCAUGACCUCGGUAGAGUCACCCGGCCAGCAACCCGUAACGGUGCAGCUGAACGGUGAGGCCUGGGUACAAGGCGCGGACAGGUCGUCCUGGAGGAAUUCGCAGUUCGCCCAACCGCAGCACGUCUCACGAUCGAGCUCCGCUACCGGUCUGGAAAAUCAUCACGCGCGCAUGUCCCUGCCUCCCCUGGCCGCGAGGGCCAACGUGAGCUCGAGCAACUCGACGCCGGCGCGACCCUCGACCCCCGUCAAGGGUGGCCUGGCCAGCAUGGCGCCGAGCGCCGACGACAGCCAGGGCGCACCGGGCAGCGGCCCUUCCUCGCCCGACGGCAAGAACGCCAGGUCCGAAGCGGCCGACUCUCGUGACGCGAGUCAGGAUCGCUUCACCGUUCAGGGGUUCGGCCCGGGCGGCGCCAACGACCGAUGGCGCCAGAGAGGCAAGGGGCGCGUCUCGGUCCUCAUCGGCUCCAUGUACCUGCAGGCUGGCCGUUGGAGCGACUCGCUGAGGGAGCUGUCCGAGGCGGCCACCACGGCACGAUCGCUCAACGACCACGUCUGGCAUGGAAAGGCCCUGGAGCUCAUCCUCAUGAACCUCCUUCUCCUCGGCUGGUCCAAGCUCGAGUUCCAGGUGCCCGCAGUCUGCCAUCCUCCACAAGAGCGGCCCUCGAGCUCCCUCCUGCACAAGUCGGAGCCCGAACCGGCCAACCCGGGCCAGCCGAGGCAUCUGCGAACUCUCCAGGCCGUCCUUCCCGAGCUGCUGGAGAGGAUCGUCGGCCUCUACUCGAGGAUUUCGAGUGAGAACCUCCCGCCCCUACCGCUGUCGGAAACGAUCAUCAGGUUCUGCAAGAUCUUGUCCGCCGUCCAUCUGUCCGGCGGGAAGCUCGACCAGACGGCUCUGGACAUCGUCGUCUGCGGACGCUUGCCCGAGGGCGAGCUGACAACGUCGCCUCGGCUCGCCGUCUCGCCGCCGAGGCAAGUCAUCGUCAGCCUCCUCUUCAAAGCGUUUCCCUCGGCAGCGAACGACCUUCUCACCACGGCCGAUCGGGUGUCGAUCCUCAGCGGCAUAGCCUCCGUUCUCGGUCCUCUUGGCUACCGGCGGAAGAAGGCGAUGGUGAUUCGUGAGCUCGUCUCCGUCCUCAUCGGAGGACUCGUCGAGGCUCGCACACGAGGCGCCGCCGAAGCCGGCAUCCACCCGGCCGCCGGCCUCGUGUCCCUAGCCCCGCCGUCGCAGGACAAGAACAGCGCCGCCGUCGCGCUCGACCUCAGCGAGGGCGACAUUGAGCAGGGCCUGGAGGCCUUCCUCGAACUCUUGUGCAAGUCAUACGGCAUCGUCGGCUUCGAGACCCGCCAGAGGAAGGCUGCUGUCGGCUCGGGGGGCCAUGGCGACGACGAAUCCGACGAGGCUGCCAUGGCACGGGUUCUCGAGCAGUCCUCGACUCGCUUUUUCGGAUUCAACAGCAUCAAGCUGAAUAUUCUGCGAGCCUGCAUCAACUUCUCCGAGGCCCUUCCGGACUUCAACGGCGUGCUCAAGUUCUCGAGCGACUUGAUGCGCACGGCCGGGUCGGGCAUCGCCCCUGGUUCGCGGCGCGAGGAUGCCGCGGCCAUGAUAUUCCGGGACGAGCAGGUCCGGCUCGCGACCAACAUAUCUCGCACGGCGACCCUUGCCCAUAGAAUAGGAAUGGGUCACUUGACGGCGGAAUACUGGGAUGAGUUUCUCAUCCGAGGCAUCGUGCUGGAGCCUCUGGACCCCGCGCAGGCGCCAAGGACGCACGCGCGCAGCGUCUUGCCCGGGGCGACGGCGAGCCGGGCGUCGCAAGACGUCAAUCCGUUCAUCUACAACCCUUUCCUGAAGGAAACGGAUGAGGCGGGCACGCAGAACCUGGUGGCGGGCGACGUUGCCAGCUUCAAGGUGACGAUGCAAAAUACGUACGACAUCGACGUGGAAAUUGAGAGCAUACGCCUGUGCGCCGAAGGUGUCGCGUUCGAAGCGCUCGCAGAGAGCGUCGUGCUCGGCCCGUACCGGACGCAGAUGGUGCGGUUGCGAGGACGGCCGAAGGAGGCGGGCACCGUCAAGAUCACGGGCGCCUUGGUCAAAGUCCAAGGCUGCCGCGAAAGACGGUUCCCGAUCUUUGCGAAACCCUGGACGCCGCCUCGACCGGACAAGCUCAAGGCGACGGGGUUGGCUGCGUUGGAGAGCGGCGACUCGACAUUCGAGGCCCCCCCCGGGAUGGCGCUCGAGCCCAAGUGCCUGAACCUGAACGUCAUCGAGGCGCAGCCGCUCGUUGUGAUCAAGUCGACGACGCUCCCUCAGUCCUCGGUGAUGAUCUUGGAGGGGGAAAGGCAGACGUUCUCGGUCACGAUGAGGAACACGUCAACGACGCCGGUCGAUUUCAUGCUGUUCUCCUUCAAGGACUCGACGCAGCCGCCGCUUCAGGAGGCGCUCAACAAGCGGGAUGCGACGCCGACGGAGCUGUACGAGUACGAGCUCAUCCUGAUGAAGCGGCAAGCGCUGCGGCUGCCGCGAAACGACCAGGCGCGCGGCAUCGCGGCCGGCGGCGAAGCAACGUUUGAGUUUGAGAUUCUGGGCAAGCCCGGGCUGACGCAAGCCACGAUUCUCGCCGACUACACGCACCUGGGCGUUCCGCAUGACGAGGUGACGGAGCAGUUCCACACGCGGCAGGUGUGCCUGGACCUGACGGUGACGGUCAACGCGAGCAUCGAGCUGGUACGAGCCGAGACGCUGCCGGUGCAGGGGCCGAUUCCGCAGCCGCUGUGGGAGAGGCUGGGCGGUAGCGCGUCGGCUCUCGCGGAGGACUACUGCCUACUCUCGCUCGACCUGCGGAACGCGUGGCCGAGCCACAUGGCCGUGCGUCUCGAAGGCGAGGAUGGCCUGGCGGUGGAGGAGAACAUCCUGCCCGGCAAGACGAGCCGGGUGGUGAUGGCCAUCAAGCAGAUCUACCUCGAGGACCCGCACGAGACGAUCCCGAGCCUCAAGCCGUCGCGGACGAGGCAGUUCGUGGUCAGCGCGAGCAAGAUAUCGCCCGACAUGGAGCGGGCGAACCGGGAGGCGUUCUGGUACCGGGAGAGGAUGCUGGACGGGCUCAAGGCGACGUGGCGGACGACGUCGGCGCCUCACCGCAACGGCGCGCUCGAGCUCCGCAGCAUGCGGCUGACGGCGCGGAUGGUGGAGGCGAUCAAGAUCGACGAGGUCGGCAUCGAGAUUUCGGUCGGGCCCCAGGGCGGGGACGGGACGGCGAGCAGGCGGGUCUACGUCGAUGAGUUUCUGCAGCUCAAGGUGGAGAUUAGCAACCGGACGGCGAAGGCGAUGCAUCUGCUCGUCCGGCUGAUGCCAGCGUUGUGCAACAAGCCGGCCAACGUGGCGCUCGACUACACGCGCAAGUUUGGGUGGAACGGAACGCUGCAGCAGCUGCUGCCGGUGCUCGAGGGGAACAGCAGCACCGUCUUCACCAUCGGCGUGACGGCCCUCUGCCGGGGCGAGUUCGAGCUGGCCGCGUCGGUGGAGGAGGUGCAGGUGUGGGAAGACAGGGCGAAGGGCGGCGAGGGCGCGCAAGCGGCGAGGGCACGAUCGGAUACGCAACGGAUGAUGGACGCUUCGCUCGGGGUCAAGGAACGGCAGAUGUGGCAUUCGAGGAAGCCAUACGUGCUGACGGUGACGGACCGCGAGAGCGCGUAA